AUGCUUAAUUUCCAUCAAGAAAUUGAUGAAUUUCUUCCGUUUCUCUUCUGUUUUAUCACUUUAUUCUUUGUAUGGCUUCUCACCAAAUUUCUACAUAGGCAUACUGGUAAAAAGAAUCUGCCACCAUCUCCUCCAAAGCUGCCAAUCUUAGGCAAUCUCCACCAACUGAGUGCAUUAACUCACAGAUCACUCCAAUCGUUAGCCAAAAAAUACGGUCCUCUGAUGCUGCUUCACUUUGGAAAUAAGCCAACACUCGUUAUCUCAUCAGCCAAUGCGGCGAAAGAGGUAAUGAAAACUCGGGAUCUAAUAUUUGCCAAUAAACCUGAAACAAGGGUUGCCAGGCGAUUUUUCUAUGACGGGAAGGAUGUAUCUGUUGCGCCAUAUGGCGAACAUUGGAGGCAGUUGAAAAGCAUUUGUGUUCUCCAGCUUCUAAGUAAUAAAAGAGUCCAGUCUUUCCAUUCCAUCAGGGAAGAAGAAACAACCCUUUUAAUGGAAAAGGUAUCUUCGCUUAUAUCCAUUUCAUCACCGCUGAAUCUGAGUGAUAUGUUCGUGUUACUUGCGAAUGAUGUUGUCUGCAGGUCAGUUUUAGGGAGGAAAUGCAGUGAAGAGGGAAAUGGAAAGCAAUUUCUGAAUCUAUUGAGAGAAUUUUCAGAGUUGUUGGGCAAUGUUACUGUUGGAGAAUUCAUUCCAUGGCUGUCAUGGCUUGACAGAGUUUCUGGGUUUAAGGCUAGAGUGGACAGGGUUGCUAACGAACUUGAUGAGUUCCUGGAGGAAGUAAUUCAGGGAUGCUUGGAUGCUGGACAGGAUCGAUCAGGAAAGGCAGUUCAGAAUGGAAGUACAGAGAACUUUCUAGAUAUUUUGACAGCGAUUUACAAGGAAAAUUCUAGCAGUGUCUCCAUUGAUAGGGAAAGUAUUAAAGGAAUACUCUUGGAUGUUUUUGCUGGCGGAACCGAUACCACAUCAACUCUUCUAGAAUGGACAAUGACAGAGCUGUUAAGACAUCCCAUGAUCAUGAAGAAGUUGCAGAAGGAGGCAAGGGGAAAAAACCUAUUCUUGCUGUUGCCACUCAACACUGCUUCUAGUGAAGAUGAAGUUCCACUUUGA